AUGGGGCCUCCAUACGAAGCAUCUGCUGCCACACUAAGAAAAGUCGACCACCUUCUCGAAGUCUGUGGAAAACUCGAGCAUGAAAACAGCUUCUUCCGCAAAAACAAAUCUGUGCUCCAGAAAGAGGUUGAGGAUCUGAAGGCUCAGUUGCACGAUAUGAAAGUUGAGGCGCUCAAAGAGAAGCUGAAACUAAAAGAUCCUGUCUUUAAAGUUCAGGAUUUUGUUUCAGAUGAGAAACGACUCGUGUUUUAUACGGGGUUUAACUCCUUCAAAAAAUUUGAUGCGUUUGUGGAACAUGUUGAAGGCAUGUACGAGGCACUGAAAACGGGUGCUGGCAGGCCACCAGCACUGACAAUGAAAGAACAGCUCAUUGCAGUGCUUUGCAGGCUCAGGGUUGGGUUACUGGAACAGGGUUUGGCAUAUCGCCUGAAAGUGUCUGUGUCGACCGUGAGUGCCAUGUACACAUUUUGGGUUAAUUUUUUGUUUGAAAUGCUAAUCCAGACACCAGUGUGGCCAUCCCGUAACACAGUGGACCUGUUCAUGCCAGACAGUUUUAAAGAAUUGUAUCCAUCUACACGCAUUGUGCCGAACUGCACAGAAAUUUUUAUCGAGAACCCGUCUGACUACAAUACACAAAGCGGCACUUUCAGCUCGUAUAAAGGACACAACACCGCAAAAGGGCUCAUUGGCAUCACUCCGAACAGCUUCGUUUCUUUCGUGUCUAAUCUUGCUCCUGGAAGACUUUCUGAUCGAGAGCUCACAAGACACAGUGGCCUGUAUGAGUUGCUCGAGAAAGGGGACAGUGAAGGCUCGUGGAAAGCAGCAGAUGUCGGAACCGCAGUCGAUGAGGAACCGUCGAUUGGUGACUUGGUCGAUGACAAAAAUGCGACGACCUUCAAGUUGGCAGCUCGCGGCCGUCUCUACGGCUGGCCGUUCAAGUUUCCCUGA